GGGCGCGGCGCUGACGCCAUCCAUCCAUCCACCCAGCCACCGCGGCGGAGCUGGCGGAGCUGCCCCAUGGCCGCGGCCGAGCCGGCGGCGCGGAAGCGGCGGCCCAAGGGGCACUUCGCGGCGGGGGCCGGCCGGGCCAAGCGGCCCCGCGGCGCCGGGCGGCAGCUGGAGGCCGGCAUGCGCGGCAUCCUCAUCACCUGCAACAUGAACGAGCGCAAGUGCGUGGGGGAGGCCUACAGCCUGCUCGGCGAGUACGGGGACCUGCUCUACGGGCCCGAGCAGUUUUCAGAUCACGAGGACAGGCUGUCUGGAAGCGACAGGGAGGAGGAUGAGGAUGAUGUUGAGGCCGCUCUGAAGAAGGAGGUUGGCCAGAUCCGUGCCUCGACAGAGCAGAAGCUGCGGCGGUUCCAGUCGGUGGAGAGUGGUGCCAACAACGUGGUCUUCAUCAGAACCCAGGGCAUAGAACCCGAGAACCUGGUGCACCAUAUACUAAAGGAUAUGCACACCACCAAAAAGAAGAAAACAAGAGUCAUUCUGCGCAUGCUGCCCAUUUCUGGAACUUGCAAAGCUUUUAUGGAAGAUAUGAAAAAAUAUACGGAAACAUUUUUUGAGCCUUGGUUUAAAGCCCCUAACAAGGGUACUUUUCAGAUUGUUUACAAAGCUCGUAAUAACAGCCAUAUGAGUAGGGAAGAAGUAAUUAAGGAAUUGGCAGGAAUUGUGGGCAGCCUCAAUCCAGAAAACAAGGUUGAUCUUAAUAAUCCACAAUACACAAUUGUGGUGGAAAUAAUAAAAACCGUCUGUUGCUUAAGUGUGGUGAGGGACUAUGUUCUGUUCAGGAAAUACAAUCUGCAGGAGGUGGUGAAGAGCAACAAAGAAGAUGCACAACAAAACCCAUCAAGUGUGACAGAAGAACAGAAUUCAGAGGUAGCUAAAGCAGAAACUGAGGAGCAGGAGAAGAGCUCUAAAGAAGUAAAAGAAGAAAACAAGAAUCAAAGUGAAAUAGAAUCUGAGCCCAAGGGGAGUGAUGCUCUGAUAGUGUAGCAAAUGUGAUGUAAGGGAAAGGUAAAUGUAAUCCAAACAUAUAAAAAAAGUUGCCCUAGAGUUCUGAAAGGGCGUUGGAAUGAGAAGAGGGGUUUUGUUUUGAAGUCCUGGCUUUUAAAUCCACAUGUGUAAGAAUUUUAAUGCUCGUUGCAGAUGGAACUGACAUUUCAGCAGAUGUAAGAGUGCUCAAGAGUGCAUCACCUUUCUGGUGAAGCUUACUGUCCUCCUGCAGCUUCGUUCUGCAUUUCCCGUACCUGACACACAAAGCAGGGGUCUGUGCAUGUAUAUGUAGAUGUGGCCACCCUGACAUGUUGGACUCUCUUUUGUUAUAUCUGGAGGCUACAGAAGCCAAAGGCAGCGCAGAGGCAUCUCUGAGCAAUUAUUGUCAGAGAGAGAUCUGGAAAAGAGUUGGUUGCAGAGGGUUUUGGGAAGGAAGUGAGCUGACAGCUGCAGAACUUGGUAACGUUUUUUCUGUGUGAACAACAGAACGAGGUAAAUCUGAUAAUUUGAUGGAGGGAUUUAUAAAUAUAUUUAUAUAUACACACAGAUAUGCUGUCUUGAAUGGAAAGAACUGUUAUAUAUAUAUAAAUACUUGAAUAUUAUGAGAUGAUUUAAAGAUUGGACUGUUUUAGAACAACAGAAGUACAGUGCAGGCAUUGCAGAUGGUUUUAUCAAAAACUACAUGUGUGUUUACAUUAGCUGUGUAUGCAGCACUUACUGGUUUAUAGUAAAUGCUGUAAUCACUGAAUGGAAUCCUUUGAGUAAUUUCCUGCAGAUAGACUUUUGCUGCUCUUUCCAAAGACUCAAUCCUUGAGGGAUUUUAUAAAGUGUUCCUCAUUUUAUUUUUUUUCCUAAGUCUCAAAGUUUGAAUUUAAAUACUGAUUGGGAGCUUCUUAUGAAAGAAGCUCUCCAUUAUACCAUACUAGAUAAGGGGAAUUACGUUUUAAUUUUUGGUACAGUUUUCGCUUUUUGGUAUUAAUUUUGUUUCUGAAUGAAAGUAAUGCUAGUGAGUCUUUCUGUUGUCUUAUUGUUGCAGUGGACUGUCCCUGUGACUCCUAAAAACCAACCAAAACCAGUGCAGCUAUAACUUGCUUUCCACCAGGAUUUUGAGUAUGCUUCCUGUACAACUUUCUAGCUCUAGUAUUUCAUUUCUAGCAUAAAAGCCUGUGUGUUGCUAAUGGCAAAAGACUUAUCUUGAAGAACACAAUUUGUUACUUCUCUUGGUUUAAUGAAAAGGACAUGUUCAAGUCUUUCAUAAUUUAUAUUUUCCUCUUCUAUCAGAAUUUUUUCAGAAGUUGGAAAAUGAAGAGGACUUUUAUUUCCCUAGUCCUGUCUCCAUUGCAGCCCAUUUAUUAAAACUCUGCUUUCUUAUGUCCUGUGGUAUUUUCUUUAAAUUUUUGAAGAUUUUUGUGUGUGGAUUAAAACCAAUCAAUGUCUGAGUCACACAAAGGAAAGAACCAUCUGAGACCAGACACAAAGGCCAGCUGUGAGUGUUUAUUGGUGGCUGAUGUUGGUAAUCAUGAUUCAUGACAGCCUGCUUAACUUCUAAGGACCAAACCCAAAAUUACUGGGAUUUUCUGUUUUCUUUCCUCCUCUCUCUCACUGACCUGUCUGCCUACAGGGCUUACAAUUUACUUCUGAUUUUUCACAGUUUGCUCUUACUGAACAUUCAUUGUUUACACAUUAAUUCCCUGGCUUUUCUGCUGUGCCAUCGCUUUUGGGCUCAGUGGUUCCCCCAUGGUCAGAUGGUGCUUCAGUGUUUCAAAUUGAAACCUUCAUGGACAAGCCAUAAGACAUUAUUAUGAUCUCCCUUACAUGAAAAGCUAAAUAAUUGCUGUCACUGUCAGUGCUGAGGAUAGAUGUUACAGUGCCCAAACAUCAGCUGAAGAGGUGAUACACUGAUGGUGGAAUGUGGUGUACUUAAUUUAUUCUGAUGCUGACUUGAAACUCAAGGAUCAUCCCUUGUUAUGAAACCCUGGCCCUGAGAUUCACUCUUCCCCUUGUGCUAGAUUGAAACUCAAAUUGGCUUGAGAAACUUGAAGAUAAUUUCUUAAAGAACAAACCAAUCUCACAGCCUCUGUGUUUUCCAACACUGACUUGCCUUUCUUGAGGGUCACAACUGUAUAAUUAAAGUAUGAAUUUUUACAAGUAA